CUCACCGAUUGUAAGAGAUUAUGAAAGCAUCCACCACUACCUCUGAAAACUUUGAUGACGUUAUUAAGAGCGUGAUGCCCAAAGGGCUUACCUUUGGUCACAGAGUGUGUUUCUAUUCUGUCGCUCUGAUCGCCACUGCUUUCCCUCUGUACCUGUUCUACAGCAAGUUCUUCAGCGUGGAAUUAUCCAAUUACCCUGUGUUCAUUGCUGUGAGUUUGGUGUGCUUGGUUCUCCUCGCCUUGAGCUAUGAGAAGCUUACCAACGAAGAGUUCGGAAACGUUAUGGAGAGAAAGAGAAAGUACAGUGAGAACAUGGAUGAGAAGGCUGGACAGAAUGAGGCUGCUGCCUAUGCUAUGUUCAUUUCGAACCUGCUCUUUGAAGGAAUGGUUGUGCUGCUUGCCUUCGGUAUUGCUCCUCGCCUCAACUUGAACAUUCCCACCUAUAUCAUGUAUGCUGCGGUUACUCUGAUCUCGGGUCUUACAACAUUUGGGUUUAGCUAUGGAUUCUUCUAAAAAGCUACAAUUAUUGGGAUUUUGUACAGGCUUGUGAUAUU